CAGCUAUCUAUGACGUCAUUUCAGGAAGCUCCGCCAUCUUGGGCGAAUAGUUGGUGUGUUUUCAGUGUGACGUCUGGAGAGGGUUGGAGAACUUUACAUUUUCUUACAGAAUAUAGGACAGCAACUCCUCAUGGCAGGAUCCACGUUACAGAAAGCUAUAGAUCUUGUAUCCAAGGCAACAGAGGAAGACAAAGUCAAAAACUAUGAAGAGGCCCUGAGGUUGUAUGAACAUGGAGUGGAAUACUUUCUUCAUGCCAUCAAAUAUGAGGCUCAGAGUGAAAAGUCCAAGGAAAGCAUCCGUUCCAAGUGUGUGCAGUACCUGGACAGGGCAGAGCAGAUCAAAAAGCACCUGAAAAAUAAAGACGGCAAAGGUGGCAAGCCCAAGCCGAUGAAAGAAGGAGGCAGUUCAAAGAAGGACAAUGGUAGUGACUCAGAUGAAGAGGAUCCUGACAAGAAGAAACUCAUGGGUCAACUUGAAAGUGCCAUUGUGAUGGAGACACCCAACGUGAAGUGGGAUGAUGUGGCAGGGCUGGAGGCCGCCAAGGAAGCCUUGAAGGAGGCAGUCAUUCUCCCCAUCAAGUUUCCUCAUCUUUUCACAGGGAAUAGGAAACCAUGGAGAGGAAUAUUGCUGUUUGGGCCCCCGGGAACAGGGAAGUCUUACCUGGCCAAAGCUGUGGCCACAGAGGCCAACAACUCCACCUUCUUCUCUGUGUCCUCAUCAGACCUGCUGUCCAAGUGGCUGGGAGAGAGUGAGAAGCUGGUGAAGAACCUGUUUGACAUGGCUCGUCAGCACAAGCCGUCCAUCAUCCUUGUGGACGAGGUGGACUCCCUGUGCAGUGCCCGCGGGGAGAACGAGAGCGAGUCUGCACGCCGCGUGAAGACAGAGUUCCUCGUGCAGAUGCAAGGUGUGGGCAAUGACAAUGAUGGUAUUUUGGUGCUGGGAGCCACCAACAUCCCAUGGACCCUGGACGCUGCUAUAAGGAGACGGUUUGAGAAGCGUAUCUACAUCCCUCUCCCAGAGGACCACGCUCGUACCACCAUGUUCAAACUCCACAUCGGGAACACACCUCACAACAUCUCUGAGCCAGACUUCAGGGAGUUAGGCAAGAAAAGUGAUGGGUACUCUGGUGCUGACAUUGCCAUUGUGGUGCGGGAUGCCCUCAUGAUGCCUGUCAGGAAAGUCCAGUCUGCCACACAUUUCAGAAAGGUGCGAGGUCCAUCCAGGAAUGACCCAGAUGUCAUAGUUGAUGACCUCCUGACCCCCUGCUCCCCCGGCAGCCCAGGAGCUAUAGAGAUGGCGUGGACAGAAGUGCCGUCUGACAAGCUGGCUGAACCUGUGGUUACUCUGAGUGACAUGAUGCAGGCCCUCAGCAGGACUCGCCCCACCGUCAAUGAGAACGACCUGACAAAACUCAAGAAGUUCACAGACGACUUUGGCCAGGAGGGCUGAACAGUCCAGGGACUUAAAGAUAUAACAUAACCCCGUCAUUCGGGCUAGCUACACAAUAAAUGGCCUAAUGAGUAGCGGUCACUGCUUUAAAUUGGUCAUCAAUAUCCCAGCUAAGGAAAACUGGUCCUGGACUAGUCGAUGAAUGUAUAAAUAAGUAGUAGCUUUGGGUUGAACUGCUGAUAGUAAAAGUAAUUCCAAUCAAGCACUAUUUCUUUCAUGUACAUAAAUAUGUAUUUAGUAGGGUUGUGGAGAUGAUAUACUUUAUCUUACUAGGACAUUCAAUUAGAUAAGGCAAAAGGGAUGGAAAUAAACAGCUCUAACUUGUAAACCUGGUUUGAUGAAGGCAUGUGCUAAAUUAUUUUUGGAGAGUCUGUUGUCAUGCAUCAAGUCGCUGAUGUAGGGCUUGUGGAGAACUUUGAACAAACUAAGAUUAUGAUUAUUGACAGUUCAUCUGUGUUGGUAGAAGUUGUUAUGAAGCAAGUUUGAACUGUAAUUUCCAAGAAAUUGAACUAGUCUUAUUUUUGACUGUACAACAGUUACUCCAGUCAUUGUCGCGGGAUGAGCAAUCCACUGCUUCUGUGAUGUCAAUAUGCAUUACAACCAUCCCUCAGCAAAGACGGGGGACGCCGCAGACUUUCUGCAACAUAUGAUGCCCCGAGUCACGUGUGUCAUUCUGCAUAACGUAACAUGACGUUACAAUUUCUUGUGUUGAUAAAUAUAGCUAAAACUUGCUUCCUAACAUCAUGACUGUUUGAACUUUUAAAAAUGGAAAAAGCUGCCUUUAAUGUCAAUUAUGCAGAAACUUGUACAUGUAAUUUGAUAUGCACUAGCACUGCUUGUUAUGCUUGCAGAUAGCACAUCAGGUUGUUGCUCUUUAUUUUGCAUUUUAUAGCUAUCAACUUGAUUUAGUUGGUCUACAUUUUCUAAAGCCUUUGAUUUUUGUAAUGGAAAAUACAUGUACAUUAACAUAGGGAGUCUUGAAUGGCUUUAAUAUCACCAUAUGAAAAGUUAUAAUUUCCACCAUAUAGAAGCAUGCAUGUAUGUACAUUUUGUACCCUCUUAUUUGCCUUAAGUACAUUGUGUAAAAGUAACUUCUGCAUAUGUACCUCUGGACCCCAAAUCCUUUUACCUCUGGCACAUUGUUCCCUUUUUGCACAUUUACAACAUGUAGGUUCAAGGUCCUGUGGCAUCAGCCAAAUUCGAUGGACACAGCAAACUGCUUUUAAGCAAAUUACAAGAAAAAGCUGCUAGGCAGCCCAAGCUUUUCCCUUUUCAUCCCAAGUACAAGAUAUACCGACCAUCCAUGAUUGGUGACCCCAGCAUGUCCAGAUCACGAGGUAUGAAAACAGGAAGUUCCCCUGCAGUAUUGUAUCAGGCCACCAGGGGGCCCCAAUCGAAUCAUUUCAAGGUCUCAUCGAAACCUACUUUUUAACCAAAUUUUUCAGGAGUUUUGCUGAUCAGACAAGAACCUACUAGAACAAAGUGAUUUACCUACUAGACAGACUAGCAGACAUUUUAAGGAUUUGGGGUCCAAAACUAAAGGUGCAGCAAGCAGUAACCAAGGAGGUUCAAAAAGAAAACUCUUUGUUUUGAACCUCUUUGCACUAACAUAAUUCUGUGGCAUUCAUGAAUUUUCUAUUUAGGAUCCAUGACUCUGACAGUCUCCAUACAGGUUGGGUUAGUCUUGCUGAAAUGUAUACAUAUUCAUUACUGCCUGGCAGCAUCUAUUUUGUAAAUUCUAGCUUACAGCAUGAAAUAUUUGGGAUGAUGUAAAAUGUAUCUAUAUGUUUAUAAAAUCCUCUUCUUGGUGUUACAUCAUUGUAAUCAGAAGUGUAACAAUAUUUAGGUUGAGGUCAACUUUUUUUGGUUUGAGUGUUGGAUAUACAAAGUACAGACGGUUAUAAUAUAAAUACUGACUCACUGUAUGAACCAUUUAAGAAUUGUGUUGUACAUCUUUGUACAGCGAAGUAUACAACAGCUUAACAAAUGUUAUUUGGGUACAUUUUUAUGCUUGUCUUUUUAUGUCAUGGCAAGUAACUUAAAGGAUUAUGAUGAUAUAAACAUAGUGUUUUCUGACAGUCAAAUGAAUGAUUUCUGCAUCUGGUACCAAGAAAAUAAAAAUUUUAAAACAUUCUGA